UUUUAGUAAUGGUAUCAUUAAUAAAUGAGUCUAAUAUUUUUGUUAAAUGUAAAAACAACAAUCACAACGACAAUCACAACAACGAUCACAACAAGCAAAACAACGGUCACAACAAUCAAAACAACGAUCACAAUAAUCACAACAACGAUCAAAAGCAAAACAACGAUCACAACAAGCAAAACAACGAUCACAACAAGCAAAACAACGAUCACAAUAAUCACAAGCAAAACAACGAUCACAAUAAUCACAACAACGAUCAAAAGCAAAACAACGAUCACAACAAGCAAAACAACGAUCACAACAAGCAAAACAACGAUCACAAUAAUCACAAGCAAAACAACGAUCACAAGCAAAACAACGAUCACAACAAGCAAAACAGCGAUCACAAUAAUCACAACAACGAUCACAAGCAAAACAACGAUCACAACAAGCAAAACAACGAUCACAACAAUCACAACAAUCACAACAACGAUCACAAUAAUCACAACAACGAUCACAACAAGCAAAACAACGAUCACAAUAAUCACAACAACGAUCACAAUAAUCACAACAACGAUCACAAGCAAAACAACGAUCACAACAAGCAAAACAACGAUCACAACAAUCACAACAACGGUCACAAUAAUCACAACAACGAUCACAACAAGCAAAACAACGAUCACAAUAAUCACAACAACGAUCACAACAAGCAAAACAACGAUCACAAUAAUCACAACAACAAGCAAAACAACGAUCACAAUCACAACAACGAUCACAAAACUCACAACAACGAUCACAGCAAUAACCACAACAACAAUCACACUAAUGAUCAUAACAAUCACAACAACCACAACAAUGAUCACAACAAUCACAACAAAAGUCACAACAAUAAACACAAAAAUAACAUUACAUUCCCUGCUUUACCAUCAAUACCUUCAAUCAUAAAUAAGAUGACUGGGUUAUGGUAUUCGAUUUAUUCGACUAAUAAAUAUUAUUGCGGUUACCUUGAUAUAAUAUACAUAAGCAAUACAGAACCGGCUGAAUUUUUAUGGGCAUAUGUCUUUUAUAACUAUAGACAAAAACCAAAACCAGGAAAAAUGACAGUGGAUACUAAAAAUAAAUUGUUCCUGGUUAACUUUGAAACUUUCCAGUAUACUUAUCAAUUAUUAAGCUACAAUACUCGACGCUAUAUGAUUUUAAAAUUUAAAAAAAUUAAUUCAACUAAUCGAGUUGGUGUUCAUGUAUUUUCCCGAUUUCAACCACAAAAUCAACCGGAUUUAUUGAAAACAGCUAAAAAUGUUAUCAAAAAAUUUAAUUUAAAUUUAACAUUAUAUGAAACACAAUAA